AUGAGCCGACGAUCAGCCUGGGAGCUUCCUCUCUCGUCAGGCUUCCUCCUGCUCCAUGAACGGGAGCCGGUUACCGAGGAGCUGCAGCCACCCCUCGAGCGGUAUUACUUCCGGCCCGAGAGGCUGGCUAAUAGAGGGGCCAGAGUGGUGCGGGACGCUAUCCCGCGGGUGCCCUGCACCCUUAAAGGGGCCACGCCCGUCUCUCCUGUGCGGGACCUGGAGGGAGAACAUGCUGCUUCGACAACAUCUUUCCUCAGUGGAAGAAUCGGCCAGAAGAUCUUCUGUACCCGUUUCUGCCUGCUGAGGUCAUGCAAGAAAACAGAAGACUGCAAGAGUGGAAAAGGGAGCAUUACUCAACCGCAUCCAGUCCUCCAAGCAACAGGGGGCGCAACAGUGCUGCACAAACUGGACGAACUGCAAAGGUUCAUAUCGGGCACCGCACACGCCACCAGCUGCUGCUCGGAUCCAUCGCUGUGUGGGCGAGCUGCUCUCUGCAGCCUGCAGUGUGUCCAUCAUCAGCUGCCAAUGGCUGUCAUCAGCCCCCUGCACAGAUGCCGUGCUUUGGUGGCACUGCCUCCUCUCUGGGCCCUGCAGGCUGUUGCCUGUGGGGAGAAAUAUCCAGCCCAAACUGAAAUUCAGAGUGAGCCUCCCAGUCAGAGCGCAGGACUUCAUGGACAGAGGAGGUGA